CCCGUUGUCGACGACGAUCCUAUUGAGGGAUCUGAACUCCUUGAGAACACUGAAAAUCCUGGAACGCUGGCGGAUGCCUCAACAGACAUCAUUGAAGAUGAUGGUAACGGAGAUGAAGAUGAUACACUGGUCAUCGACGAUUUCGCUCCUAUUGAAGCAUCUGAACUGCUUGACAAUACUGAAAGUCCCGCAACGCUUGCGGCUGCUUUAGCGUCCGUUGUUGAUGAUGAGGACAGAGGCGAAGAUGGUACACCGCUCGUCGACGUUUCCGCUCCUAUUAAGUCAUCUGAGCUACUGCUAAACAGUGAGAAUGCGGGGACGCUCGCCGCUGCUUUAAUACCCAUUACUGAUGAUGAUGAAGGAGGCGAAGCAGUCCGCAAUGCGUUGGCACUUUUUAGCGAAAACACCAUAAGAAGAGGCACCCUUUCCUUGCCGCUGCAAAAACUGUUUCUGCGAUUGCGAGGUCUUGGAUGCGUCAUAGAUGUCGUUCAA